CUCGGCUUGCGGGCUGCUACUUCCGGGUCAGAGGUCGGACGGUCCUGCGCGACGUGGGCCAUGGUGCAGCUCAGGCCACGCGCGUCCCGCGCCCCGGCGUCGGCGUCGGCGAUGUUGCCCAGCAGCGGCGCGGCCGCCGAGCCCUUGGAGGAAGACGGGGACGGGGACGGGGACGAGUGGGACGACGAGGCCCCAGAGGAGCUGACUUUCGCCAGCGCCCAAGCGGAAGCGAGGGAAGCGGAGCGGCGAGUCCGGGAGACGGCGCGCAGGGAUAAAACACUCCUGAAGGAGAAGAGGAAGCGGCGCGAGGAGCUGUUCAUUGAACAAAAGAAAAGGAAACUCCUUCCAGACACUGUUCUAGAGAAGUUAACUGCAGCUUCACAGACAGACAUAAAGAAAUCACCAGGAAAGUUAAAAGAAGAUAAUUUGCAGAAGAAAAAUGAAGAAUGUGAAAAAGGAAGUGAGUCCAAGAAAGUUAAAGAAAAAGUACAGUCUAUUGGCCAGAAUAAAAGCUACGUGGCUCGAAGGCUAAAAGAUCAAGAUCUGAGAGAUUCAAGGCAACAAGCAGCCAUAGCCUUCAUACAGAAUUCUCUGUAUGGUCCAGGAACCAACAGGACUACUGUAAAUAAGUUCCUGUCUCUUAACAAUAAGAGGUUACCAGUGAAAAAGGCUGCAGUCCAGUUUUUGAAUAAUGGUUGGGGAACCCAGAAAAAACAAAAUGCCAAGAGGUUUAAAAGACGGUGGAUGGUCAGAAAGAUGAAAACUUCUAAGAAGUAAAUCAAAGCUAAAUGAUGAAUGAGAACUUUGUAUGUAUGGAACUUACAGUUAUUUAGUUUAGAAGGUUAAUUUGUCUUUAAAAAUCUAAUAAAUCAUUUUAAAGGAU